AUGGAGGAUAGGAAGAGGGCAGCUGGCCAGAGCAAUGAUGAUCUCGCACCACCUACCAAGAGGCAAGCCGUUAAUGGCUCCGGUAAAGCAUCUUCCGAUUCCGAUAAUACUGCGCCAUGGUCUGAAGACAUCGAGAAAUACCAAAAAGACGCGAUCUAUAGACAAAUGCUCGAGUACAAACGAGAAAAGGCAACUUUGGAGUCCCAAUUAAAAAAUAUACAAAAGAAAUCCACAGAUCAUGACGACCAUUUGAGAAUUAUCGAUGCUUGGUGGACACAGUUAUUAGAAGAAGUCACUCUCCUCGCGGAAAAUGAUAUUCCAAACAUAGAAAAGACUGAACCAUCAUUCCCAACUUCCUUACAGUUUCAUGGUAUCAAAGGCUUCUCAGAUCACUUAGCGUCUAAAGGAAGAGAAAUAAAGUCGAAAUUACAUACAAUAUUUAACAAUGUUGCUGCUACUCGUGGCAAACCCUCGUCGGACUUACAAGAUCUCCAAUCAAAGGUUACUAAAAUGCUGGCUUCCCAAAAAGAAUACCUUGUCACAGUAGACAGGCUCCGAAACGAAAAAGAAGAAUUAAAUGAGCGUCUCGAAUCAGCCUCACUACGUUACAUCAAAGCCGAAAAACGUUUAGAUAGGUUGAGGAGUGACACAGUGCGAAAAGAAGAGGCGAAAGCAUUAUUUCAUAGUACAGCUAAUGGCGUCAAAGCUGACAAUAGCAUGGACACCGAAAUGACGAAUGGCAUAGCGGAAGAUAAGGAAGCAAAUCAAACAGCAUACAAAGAGGCACAAGCAGUUGUCGAGAAGCAAAAAGAACAACUUGAAGCGAUGGCUGCUGAAAACAAAUCACUCACAGAGCAAAUCACUUCAGCCAGUAUUAAACAGGUUCCUUCAGACGACGACUAUGCUCGAACUGAGCUAUUCAAACAAUUUCAGAAACUGCAAGCCGAACGGACUGCGUACCGGAUACAAAUAGAGAAUGAAGCGGAAGCGACUGCCGGUGAAUUAGAAAGUCAACUUCAGCGUCUUGAUGCCGAUUUGACAAGGAUUCGCUCCGCCCGAGACGAAUUGCUCGCUGAUCUCAGCGUGCGAAAAGCUACCCAGGAACAGGAUCAUGCAGGUAUCGAGCAUCUGAAAGAAUUGGUUGGAGCCAAGGAUGAUCGAAUCACUUCUCUUGAACUUGAAGUCGAACGCCUGAGACAGAUCGCCGAGCAAUCGUGCCAACCAACACCAGGACCGGAAAUAGAUUCCUUGAGUUUAGAAGAAUUGCGAGUCAAGUACGAUCUCCUCCAACAGGGCUAUGACUCGAUCAACAAAGAACUACCUGCUCUCCAAAGUGCCUAUAAGCGGGUUCAGGCCCUGACAAGCAAGAAAGUAAUGGACUUCACGGCUCUAGAAGAAAAGGUUUCGGUUUUAGCGGCUGAAAAGAGUAAGGCCGAUCAAAAAUAUUUCGCGGCUCGAAAGGAUAUGGAUAUUCGUCUCGCGGAAGUCCGAUCCUUAAAGAAUCAAAACGCCAAGAGUUCCGAGAUAAUCUCCCAACUCAAGGAUGUGGAGACAUCAGAUCGAACGCUCUUAAGCAACAUGGAGAAGCAAUUAAGUGAUAUGAGACAGUCAAAUACCUCUAUCAUGGCGGAAAACAAGAAGCUGGAGGCAUCAAGUAGAGAGGCUACAAGCAAAUGUGAAAUCCUGAAAAACCAAGCAGCAGAAUUGACAAACCUUUUGAAAUCCAAAGAUUCCGCGAACUCGGGCACCAAGCAGAAGAUUCACGCCGUGGAGCUAGAAAAUGAGCAACUUCGAGUUCGAUGCGAGCAAGCGCAGAAGGACAGAGAUACGUGGAAGCAAAAGAGCUUAAGCAAUCAAUCGGGUGAGGAGGAAAUGCUUAGAACUCUUGCACUGUGUACCGUCUGCCGCGCAAACUUCAAGAACACCGUUCUAAAAACAUGUGGACAUCUCUUCUGCAAUCAAUGCGUGGAUGAUCGAAUUGCCAACCGUAUGAGAAAGUGUCCCAAUUGUGCCAAGCCUUUCGACAAAUUUGAUGUCAUGACCGCACAUAUGUAA